AUGUCUUCGUCAGGAAAUGGAAGUCGUAAACGACGUCUGCCUCAAAGCGAUCUGGAGGACACCUAUUCCCCAACGCCAUCGGAACAUAAUUUACUUGAAGGAGAGACAGAACCUCCGCGGCCACAAUCUAGAAAUAGCCCCAAUCCCCCUCCCAACAAGAAGAAAUCUGCCCUCUCAGGUGUUCAAUCCGGCCUCAAACAUUCGCAUAGUCCCAGCCCCGGCCCUUCAAGUAAAAAAGGAACAGGGCCACCCCGAACAGCCCCAAGAACCACGGACGAUAGCAAAGGGGAUAUCGCACAACCUAUUAUUUACAACUUCAAGAUAACUAGUGACGAACAGCUUGAAGGGGUCUCUCGUGGCCCAGUUUUCUUGCCUAUCUCUGAACGGGAUACAUCCGACUUUCGAGUCACAGCCGACAUCCCUAUGAACAGGCAAGGAUUUCGAUAUAUACCUGCGGGACCAUCACGUAUACCAGGUAUUAUAUGCCGUACUCUGGAGUCUCCUCCAGCUUCGUGUGUUCAUGUCAGUUGGGAGGAUCGAAGCCCAUUUGUUCGUGUAACGGAAGAUGGACUUCGUAUGACCACGGAUAAAGGGUAUCGCAGCGCUCGGUUAAAUGUGCCUAUCAGGGAGGGGAAAUGGUACUUUGAAAUUACGAUUGAGAGGGGGGGAGGAGAGGGGAAAGGCGACGUAGCCAAUCCAGAGGGUUCACAUGUUCGUCUCGGGUGGGCUCGCCGGGAGGCCCCUUUGAACGGGCCUGUUGGUCUCGACGGCUAUAGCUACGGCAUGAGGGACAAAACUGGUGAAAAGGUAACCCUAUCUCGGCCCAAACCAUAUGGGCGUCCUUUUCGCACAGGGGACGUGGUUGGACUCUAUAUUUCACUUCCUUCAAGGCGCGAGGCACAGCCUGGAGAUCCUACCGACCCAGCUCGAAUAAUGCGAAAGCGUAUUCCCAUUCAAUUCAAACACCAAUUAUAUUUCGAGUCGGUGGAAUACAGAGUGUCGAAGGAGAUGGAGGCAUUGCUAGAGCAAAAUAACAAACCCCCACCACCUCCUUUACCAUCUCCCACUAAGCGAUCCGCCAAAAAAUUACCAGAACGUACUCGUCCCAAACCUGUGGCGACCCCCGUCAUGCGUCCACUCCCUAUUCUCAAAGAUUCCAAAAUCGCAUUUUUCGUAAAUGGAGAAUGCCAAGGCGUCGCGUUCGAGGAUAUAUACGAUUACCUCCAACUUCGUGUCGAUCCAAAAUCGACUUCGGUCAAAUCGCGAAGAGGCGGAGCAGUCGAGGCAUUCCAGCGGGAACGCGAGAAUGCUUACGACGACGCGCGUAUCAAUGCCGGCCCGAACUUUCACUUCAGGCCACCGGACGACAUUGAUGCGUUACUUGAAUCCACAGAUAGUACUCCCAGCGUGAAACAAGAGGGUUCAAACCCAACCUGGCGGCCCUUGCAAGAACGCUACCCGGAAUUCAUGGCCGAGCAAUGGGCCUUGGAUGCCAAAGAAGAGGCACAUGCAAAGGCGGCAAUAGAGGCAAACGAAGCUGAGAAUGUUCGGAAAGCCGAGGCCGCUAACGACGAAAGAAAGAAGAUCAGCGAAGGGUGA